AUGUUCAUCAUUCGGCGGAGUGCCUACUUCGUAGAUAGUUCAUCUCAAGUCGCGUCUGCUUACCCUAUACACCUGGCCUCCCGGAGCUUCUCAUGUACUGGCUACACUAGCCACAGAGGCGGACCACAAAGGACACCCCAGCAAAAAGAAGAAUCUAACAGAGCCAAUCAGCGGCUAUGGCGCGCCAAGAACAAAGAUCACAUCAAGGAAAAGAACCGAAAGCACUAUGAAGCCAGAAAGGCAGCUUUACUACAGUCCGGAGAUGCCGAGCGCACCAAGAAUUCGAAUGCUCGCAAGAAAUACAAUCGAAGAUACUACCAGCAAACCUAUGCAGCCGUAUCACAUUAUCAAAAGCAAAUCCUCAACAAGACCGGAACCCUAGAAGCAAUCUCGAAAUGGGAGGCCAAGCGUAGAUUGAUCGCCGAAAGGAAAGUUGAGCGUGAGAGACAGCGUGCUGAAGUCAUCGUCGAGGGCGAGAGACGACAUGAUGCAAGCAAGGCCGAAACUGAGAGACGGCGUGCCGAAGUGAAAGCUGUGCGUGAGCAAGAGGUUGAACGCCAGAGACAACGCACGCAAGAAAAAGCCAUGCUCGAAAAAGAGCGAGCUACACGACGUGCCGCAAAGAAGGCUGGGAGCGAGAGACGUCGUGCAGAAGGACAAGCCGAACGGCAGGGACAACUCACGCAAGAGAAAGCCAUGCUUGCCAAAGAGCAAGCCAAAAGACGUGCCGCCAAAGCAGAUGCAAGACUGGAGGCAACCCACGAUUCGCUGCGGCGAAGGGCUGAGAGGGCUGAGAGCGCAAGAAGGCGUGCCGCAGAAAAGUCUGAGCGUGAGCAACGCCGUGAGCAAAGGGCUGAACGUGAAAGACACCUCGAGCACCAAAAAGCCAUACGCGCCCAUCAGCGAGCCACGUCCCGUGCUGCAGCCGCAAAGGAUCGUCGCGAAGCGGCGCGUGAAAAGGCUGCAGAAUACAGACGAGAUGCUGACUUUCGCAAGGCCGUCGUGGCUGGAGAACAGCAACGUCGGACUCGCCCCGACUACGCCCAUCGUCAAGACAUGCGGACAUGGUUGCUGAGAUGUGCGCAGCGAGACCAAUUUUCUUGGAAAACGCAUGUUCCGGUGGUUUAUGAAGACAAGACUGUCAAGACUUGUACAGCCUGCGGUAAGACACGCCUUGCAGGCUCAAGACUAUGGUGGAAGAGCCUGGUAAAUCCGGACACUCGCGCCAUGCCGCGCGGAUUCGAAGACUAUGAAUUUGGGAAAGGAAAACAUCUCAAGCCGUAA